GAGUCUUCCAUGCUUUCGGGGUCCCCUCGGGUGGCGGCGGCCCCGCGGGAGGCGGGGGCGGCGCUGCCGUGAUGGCCCUGGAGGAGAAGCGGGAGAAGCGCCCGCCCGUCACCCCCAUGAUGAUCGAGGAGGAGGCCGCCCUGCGGAACGGCAGCCGGGGACUGACGCCGGGACCCUGGGCCGAGGCGGCGGGGCCAAGACCUCGCACCACGGAGCGGCACAUCGCCGUGCACAAGCGGCUGGUCCUGGGCUUCGCUGUCUCCAUCCUGGCGCUGCUGGCGGUGACCAUGAUCGCCGUGCUGCUCAGCGUCCGCUUCGAAGAGUGCGGCGCCGCCGCCGACGGCCCGCCGCGGGCCAGCGGCAACGGGAGCCUUUCGGGGGCGGCCCGGCAGCCGCCCGGUGCGGGGCAGCCCCACGGCCGGCCAGAGGAGGAGGCGCGGGGCGGGGAAGCGGCGGAGGAAGAGGAGGAGGAGGAGGAGGAGGAGUGGCAGAGGCGGCAGGAGUUGCCGCUCUGGGCCCGGCCGCGGCUGCCGCGGCACCUGCGGCCGUUGCACUACAACCUGAUGCUGAGCGCUUUCAUGGAGAACUUCACCUUCAGCGGGGAGGUGAACGUGCAGCUGGAGGUGCGCAACGCCAGCCGGUACAUCGUGCUGCACGCCCACCGCAUGCACAUCGAGGCGGUCCGCGUGGCCGAGGACAAGCUGGCUGGCGGCGUGCGGGUGGCCCGCACCUUCUUCUACCCCCAGACACAGGUGUUCGUCGUGGUCCUCAACCGCAGCCUGGAGGUACAAAGAAGUUACAACCUCAAGAUUAUCUACAACGCCCUCAUCGAGAACGAACUGCUGGGCUUCUUCCGCAGCUCCUACGUCCUUCACGGCGAGCGAAGGUUUCUUGCUGUUACGCAGUUUUCUCCUACUCAUGCCAGAAAAGCCUUUCCUUGCUUUGAUGAGCCCAUCUACAAGGCCACUUUCAAAAUCAGCAUCAGACAUCAAGCAACUUACUUGUCUUUGUCCAACAUGCCAGUUGAAACUUCUGUUUUUGAAGAAGAUGGAUGGGUUACAGAUCACUUUUCACAGACCCCUCUUAUGUCCACAUAUUACCUAGCUUGGGCAGUGUGCAAUUUUACAUACCGCGAAACUGUCACCAAGAGUGGAGUAGUUGUACGGUUAUAUGCAAGGCCUGAUGCAAUCAGAAGAGGAUCGGGGGACUAUGCUCUAAAUAUUACAAGGAGUCUCAUUGAGUUUUAUGAAGAUUAUUUUAAAGUGCCCUAUUCCCUUCCAAAAUUAGAUCUGUUAGCUGUGCCUAAGCAUCCAUAUGCUGCUAUGGAGAACUGGGGACUGAGUGUUUUUGUGGAGCAAAGGAUACUGCUAGAUCCAAGCAUUUCUUCUAUAUUAUACCUACUGGAUGUCACCAUGGUCAUUGUACAUGAGCUGUGUCAUCAGUGGUUUGGUGACCUUGUGACUCCAGUUUGGUGGGAGGAUGUGUGGCUGAAAGAAGGUUUUGCUCACUAUUUUGAAUUUGUUGGGACAGACUACCUCUAUCCAGGGUGGAACAUGGAAAAGCAGAGAUUUCUGACAGACGUCCUACAUGAAGUGAUGUUGCUGGAUGGGUUGGCCAGUUCACAUCCAGUAUCCCAGGAGGUGCAGCAAGCCACAGACAUUGACAGGGUGUUUGACUGGAUUGCCUAUAAAAAGGGUGCAGCUCUAAUUAGAAUGUUGGCUAACUUUAUGGGUCACUCUGUGUUUCAAAUGGGUUUACAAGACUAUUUAACCAUUCACAAGUAUGGCAAUGCAGCCAGAAAUGAUCUCUGGAAUACAUUGUCAAAGGCUUUAAAAAGGGUUGGAAAAUCGGUAAAUAUCCAAGAAGUAAUGGAUCAAUGGACACUACAGAUGGGUUAUCCUGUUAUCACUAUCUUGGGAAAUGAAACUACAGACAACAUCAUAGUCAUCUCCCAAGAGCGUUUUGUUUAUGACAGUGAUGCUAAACCCAAGGAUCCUUCCCGUGGAGACAACAGCUACUUGUGGCAGAUUCCAUUAACAAUUGCAGUAGGAAAUACGAGCCACAUCUCAUCAGAGGCAAUUAUAUGGGUGUCUAACAAAUCAGAACACCACAGAAUUCCUGCUUUUGAAGAGGCAAGUUGGUUGCUGGGGAACAUCAACCAGACUGGCUACUUUAGAGUUAAUUAUGAUAUUAGGAAUUGGAGGCUGCUAAUUAACCAGCUAACAAGGAACCAUGAGGUUAUCUCUGUCAGUAAUCGAGCAGGCUUGAUCGAUGAUGCAUUCAAUCUAGCCAGAGCUGGUUAUUUGCCUCAGAAUAUUCCUUUGGAGAUUAUCAGAUACCUUUCAGAGGAAAAAGAUUUUCUGCCUUGGCACGCUGCCAGCCGAGCUCUAUAUCCUCUAGAUAAAUUGCUGGACCGCACAGAAAACUACAACAUCUUCAAUGAGUAUAUUUUAAGACAAGUUGCAUCAAUGUAUCUGAAGCUUGGAUGGCCAAUGAACAAUUUAAACAAAUCACUUGUUCAAGCAUCCUACCAACAUGAAGAGCUGCGUCGGGAAGUCAUCAUGUUGGCCUGCAGCUUUGGUAACAAACACUGUCACCAGCAGGCUGCAACUUUAAUCUCGGAUUGGAUUUCUAGCAAUAGGAACCGAAUCCCACUCAAUGUGAGAGACAUUGUCUACUGUACAGGAGUUUCACUGAUGGAUGAAGAUGUAUGGGAGUUCAUUUGGAUGAAAUUUCAUUCUACAACAGCAGUGUCUGAAAAGAAAAUAUUAUUAGAAGCCUUAACUUGCAGUGAUGACAGAAACUUGCUCAACAGACUUUUGAAUUUGUCUCUCAACUCAGAAGUUGUCCUGGAUCAGGAUGCAAUUGAUGUGAUAAUCCAUGUAGCUCGAAAUCCACAUGGAAGGGAUCUUGCUUGGAAAUUUUUCAGAGAAAAAUGGAAAAUUUUGAAUGCUAGGUAUGGAGAAGCAUUAUUUAUGAAUUCAAAGCUUGUCAGUGGGGUCACAGAAUUCCUCAAUACUGAAGGAGAACUAAGAGAGCUAAAGAACUUUAUAAAGAGUUAUGAAGGGGGAGCUGCUGUCUCUUUCUCUCGCGCUGUGGAAACAGUAGAAGCCAAUGUGCGGUGGCAAAGGCUUUAUAAGGAAGAACUAUUCCAGUGGCUAAGAAAAUCCUUGACACACUAAUCUGUCUUUUAAGCCGACCAUCUAACAUGACACACUGUAAGAAGAGGAGACAUUUUAGAAAUGUUCAACAUGAAAAGCAUGAAGACAAGAUCAGAUUGCAGGGAUAAGGGAUUUUUUAUUUUUUCAUUGUGGUUUUUCUUUUUACACUGACCUCUUGUGAAAUUGUCAAGAAGAUUUUCAGCAGAUAAGAUCAUGAAUGUUUGUGAAACCUAGUCUUCAGUGUACAGAACCAAACAUGAUAUUAAUUGGUGCAUGUAAAUGUUGAAGAAAAACAAACAAAAAACCCUUCAUAGACUAUUUUUUGCAUGCUUGUACUGUCUCUGCCUGUAUUUUAGCAUGCUUAUGUAAACAGCCACAUUUUGUAUGUGAGUUCCAGUUACAUCAGAGUUGGGCAUUAUACAAAGCA